AUGUUGAACAUCAUAUCUCCCCUCGUGACGCUGGCCGCCAUCCUCGCGCUCUUUCCCCAAACUCAAGGUUUUGUGAUCCCCGGCUUCCUCAACCUCACCAGCCUCGCCCCUGUCCCUACGCAGGUAUUGACUAUUUUGCCCUACCCCAAGCACACGACAACCACGUCGAUUCAGGCGCGGGGUUUCACUAUCCUGCCUUAUCCCCUGCAUCCCACAACCAGCAAGAUGGCGACGUUCAUGACGCAAACGAUUCCCAUGUCGCAAGGCGCAACCGUGACCCCGACGCUCCCAUUCAUAGCCGUCCCCCGUCAAGCCGCAGAUGUCGAUCCCACAACCCCCAUCUCCUGGCACGAAGACAGCCACCGCAAGAACAUCUGCGGCCCUUCCUCCAUCGUCUCGCACACGUCAAGCCUCUCCCCGUUCGCAGCCGAUUGUCUCGCCCUGGCCUCCACCCUGCGCGAGGAAAAGGGCUACUUUGUCGCCCGCGGCUUCACCGACACGACGACCCUCGUCGGCAUCGCAACGGAAGGGAGCUGCAUCUUCGGCGUCAGGCCCGCGACGCUGCUGAACUUCCACGAGGUGAUCGGUGCCAUGGAUGCUGCCGCGUUUCUCGAGGAGGCCGUGAGGAACUUCUCGUCGCCGGCGGGCGGCGCGACGGCCGUGGAUGGGUCGUGGGUGGCCGGCGGACUUGUGGGCGCCAGCGGCCAGACGAAGUGCGAGCUCGGCAGCGGCGGGAAGCAGGAGCUGGUUUGGGGCAUCUAUGCUGCUGGACAGGAGUGGGAUGUAGGGCACGUGGACGUGCCUGUUGACGUGCCGGGUGCGGGCUGCGCGAUGAAGAUGGGCCGUUGGGGUGUUGCUGCGAUGCUGGCGUCGCUGGCGGUGUUGCUUUGA